AUGAAAAUUUACCAACAACUCAACUUCGUGGACAUCAAAAGGCAGGCUGAAUCUCUUUACUCACUGAUUGCUGACGGACAAUACCACCCGACUUCACUGGGACGUAACAACUGGAAGACGCUCCUUGGUUCUCAAGCCUCUUUGCAGACGAGAUGUAACCAGGAAGGGUUUAACGCAGAUGAUGAUCAAGGGAUUGCCUCCAAAGCCCGAAUUGGUAUUAUUAGCAACAAUGAAUGGAACUGCUCUUCAUGCGAUUCAAGGAUUGGAUUUGGUACAGGAGGCGCACCUGAUGACUCAAACACCUGUGGAAACGAGGAAAAUUGGAAUCCAGAUAAUAGAGAAAGACACAUUAAAGUCAUGGGAUACAUCUUAGUACAAUGA